AUGGGAGCUACUGAUAUCGCCUCGCGCCUUCGAGCCAAGUUCACCAAAAGGCGACACUCGACGGCGGGUUCACAGGCAUCUUCCAGUCGGAGCAUUACCGACACCACCUCGUCGUCGUUCGGGAGUCGUCACCUAUGGGAUCGCGAUCGUUCUCGAGCUCGUGACGGAGAUGGGGACCAUUCGUCUCAGCGGGCCGUGAGCAAUUCGAGGGGCACCGUGAGUAGCCGACAUGGCAUGACAGCGACGCCCGAUGGUUCGCAUCGACAACGAGAAGAUGGCGAUGAUGUCUCAGAAGCACCAAAGUCGAGUUCAAACUCAAACUCAAAUUCAAAUUCAGAGUCGACAGCCAAGAGUUCCUCGGAAAUAGGUGCUGAAGCAGCGGUCCCACCCGCUAACGACAAUUCCACAGCACCCGACACCACGAGUGAGCCACUGAAACAGCCGUCUCCGCCUAUAGAUCAGCAGAGCCUCGAUGACCUGGAUGAAGAGCCUGAUACAACCGCCACUAGCUCUAGCGACCAGCUCCCGCCCCAUAGUGAUCUGCACCCGCCACAACCUCAUCCAAGACUUCACUUCAAUCAACCACUGUUGCUCUCUCCCUCACUUCAUCCUCCGGAACAGCCUUCACCAUCGCGUCUGCGCCAGGCAAGCUCCAAUCUCGACCGUAUCCACGAAGACUCCCAGGACUUGGAACCCCCUUCACCUACUGCGCGCCCAAGAAAGGUCGCAAGUCUUGAAUUGGACGCUGGUUCUGAGCUUGCUGGUCACAAUGACGACGACGUGCUGAGUCUCGACCAAGCUCCCAACUCUCCAAAGUCUGCCGCCUUUGUGCCUCUGGCGGCAGCAACCUCGACGACAUUUGUCGCCCCGUCUCCUGGCCUUCCAACAGCUGGGACCCCUGGCUCUCCAUCACGACCAGCCCCGCCGCCCCGGCGACAGAGCUUGCUAUCGAAUCGCCAGACGACAUUGAUCAAUACGCUCCUUUCACCACCCGUGAACGAACCUGGAUACAGCCAGAACACCACAUACGCGCCUAUUAACGGAAAUAUGGUGACCCGAAAGAUCUGGGUCAAGCGGCCUCAUGCCUCGCCGACCCUCGUUACCGUCAACGAAGAUGACCUGGUCGAUGAUGUCCGCGAUAUGAUUCUACGUAAAUACUCAAACUCACUCGGUCGAAGCUUCGACUCUCCAGACAUUAACAUACGCAUUAUUCCUCGCGAUCAACAUUCAGAACGUGUCCUCAACCCUGAGGAGCCAAUGGGCCGGACUCUCGAUGCUUAUUAUCCAGGUGGACAAACCGUUGAAGAAGCUCUGGUAAUUGACAUUCCAAGGCGUCCACCUAAAGCUUCCCCGCGCCCCGUCGUUCCAGCCUAUGUUGGAAACAUCUACUACAGCGAGGACGGUCGGCCUACGGAAACAAGUGAUGGCUAUUUUCCAUCUGUCGCCGCCCAUCCUGGCGCUGUCGGCUCACCACAUCUUCCAGUUGCAGUUCCGGCGCAUGUUAAUCCUCAGGCCCCGCACUCAAUCGCAGUGUUAGGGACUGGCCACAUUCCACCUAUUCCGUCGCCUGGUAGAUCACGCGCAUAUCGCGAUCGUCCGGAUCGUCCCAGAUUAGGCCGCACACAUACAUCGUCCCCAACACUGCUUGCCAAUGGCUCUGCCGUGUCACUGGCUGCCGCCGCCGCCGCGAAUCAUGCGAACCACGAUCAACCUGGUAUGCCACCUGCUGCCCCUCCUCUCCCGACGCCUCCCGCCCCAGAACCUUCGGCAGUCCGUGUAUCGACACCUCCGGUCAGGCCAACUUCACCUCGACCUACGGCGAAAACCAAGAAGAGCAAGAAAGCCGAACAUCCUAGUUUACCACCGGGCAUGCUCAAUGGCGGCGUGCCUCCUAUCAACGUCCUGAUUGUGGAAGAUAACCCUAUCAACUUGAAACUCUUGGAAGCCUUUGUGAAGCGCCUCAAGGUGCGAUGGUCAACCGCCAUGAAUGGAAGAGAUGCUGUGAAGAAGUGGAGGACUGGCGGAUUUCAUUUGGUUCUAAUGGAUAUCCAACUUCCAGUCAUGAACGGUCUCGAAGCGACUCGGGAAAUCAGAAGAUUAGAAAGAGUCAACUCAAUUGGUGUCUUUUCAUCAUCACCAGAUGGUGUGGUUACGACGGAAAACCCCGACGAACUCGAUGACAAAGACCGCCUACAGAAUCCAUCCUUGUUCAAGAGUCCUGUGAUUAUUGUCGCUUUGACUGCUAGCUCCUUACAGAGUGACCGACACGAAGCUCUAGCCGCUGGCUGUAACGACUUUUUGACCAAGCCCGUCAAUUUUGUCUGGCUAGAGCGCAAGGUAAUGGAGUGGGGUUGCAUGCAAGCCCUCAUCGACUUUGAUGGCUGGCGCAAGUGGAAAGAGAUUUCUCAAGAGGCUGAAGAGAGCGCCGCUGCUAAGAAGGCAGCCGUCGCCGCAGCCAAAGCUAAAUCAAAGAAGAAUCGACUCUCGAUGACCAAACCCGGCUGA